AUGUUAAAACUUUAUUUAUUUAUUACCACUUUAUUUUUCUUAAUUUUUUCACAUAGUAAUGGAUAUUAUCUUUAUUUGGAUAUACAUGAAGAACAAUGUUAUUUUGAAAAAUUAAAGGAAAAUUCACAUAUUGGUGUCAUUUUUGAAGUUGCUGAUGGAGGAUUUUUAGAUAUUGAUUAUAAAAUUGUUGAUCCAAAUAAUGUUACAAUUAUUAAUGGUGAACAGGAAUCAUCUAUUAGUCGUAUUAUAUCUUCUAAAACAUCAGGAUUAUAUAAGAUAUGUUUUUCAAAUAUAAUAUCAUCGAAAGCUCCAAAGAUUUUAUAUUUUAGCAUUUAUAUUGAUGAACCAAAUAAAAUAAGUGAUUAUAAUAUAAAUAAUGAAUUUAAAAUUGAUCCUGAAAUAAAAAAAACUGAAGAAAUGGUAUAUGAAUUGUUAAAUUCUUUUCAUUCUGUUGUAAGAGAACAAAAAUACUUGACUAUUCGUAAGAAGGUUCAUGAUUAUAUUACUAAGAAUACAAAUAAUUAUAUUGUUUCAUGGGCUAUCUUUGAAGUUAUUCUUCUACUUUCAAUUACCUUUGGACAAAUUUGUUAUAUUAAAAAGUUUUUUGAAGUUAAAAGAGUUGUUUAA